AGUUUAGGAAAAUGCCUGAUAGGGGUUUUCGGAAGGACCCUGCGACUUUGUAUUUAUAUUAAAUAUAAAGAUAUUUGACUACCUUAAGUUUCUAUAUACUUCUAGGUAAUACCUGUCUCUGAAGAGUAAGAGACUCGGUAACAACGGCCUUUAACAGACUGUUUUGGAUAAGGCUCUGGAGCGGACGCCCCUAGCUGAGAGGUCCUCCGGGCAGUAGGAAACCUACGGAAGAUGGUAGCGAUGGCGGCUGGGUCGGUUGAUUCGCUCCGGCCGGCGUUUGCGCUGCGGUUGCUCUUGGCUGCUGUACUUCAAGCGGUGUCUGCGUUUGGGGCGGAGUUUUCAUCAGAGGCUUGCAGAGAGUUGGGCUUCUCCAGCAACUUGCUCUGCAGCUCUUGUGAUCUUCUUGGACAGUUUAACCUGCUUCAGCUGGAUCCUGACUGUAGAGGAUGCUGUCAGGAAGAAGCACAAUUUGAAACUAAAAAGCUUUAUGCAGGAGCUAUUCUUGAAGUUUGUGGAUGAAAAUUGGGGAGGUUCCCUCAAGUCCAAGCUUUUGUCAGGAGUGAUAAACCCAAACUAUUCAGAGGACUACAAAUCAAGUAUGUUCGUGGUUCCGAUCCUGUAUUAAAGCUUUUGGAUGACAACGGGAACAUUGCUGAAGAAUUAAGCAUCCUCAAAUGGAACACAGACAGUGUAGAAGAAUUCCUGAGUGAAAAGUUGGAACGCAUAUAAAUCUUGCUUCAAUUUUGUCCUAUCCUUUUGUUACUUUAUCAGAUGAAAUACUGCAGUACCUAGAGAAUAUUUUAGUUUUGCUUCCUUCCUUUGAUCACUUUCUUUGAGGCAUUAAACAUCUCAUUAACAGUGGAAGUGGUAGCACAGCCCGCGGUAUCUGAGGAGUCGGCAAGCUUAACAAAACCCAGUUCUCAUACAUUUCCUUCCUUCCACGUUUGUUGGUACCACUAACGAAAUGCUUCAUAACAGAGUUGGCUAAUUAUGCAAAUGAUAGUUUGUAAUUUGUCCAGUUUUUCGAACAACAGAUUUUUAGAUUAGGGAGGUUAAUAAGGGAGAUGCCUACUGUGCCCAUGCAUGUGCUGUGUGCACUCUGAAAGCACCAGUAAGAACUACAAAGCAAGUAAGAGCCACUGAGCCUCAACAGAUUGCCUGCUUCUCAUUCUCCCGGCUGUCCUUUUAGUAGAAAUGUUAUAGUUCAUAAUGAAUGUGCUACGGUAAAACUUUAUGGCUUCAUUAUUGUAAAACAGAUUCAAGAUCUACAGUAAGAGUGAAACAUUCAGAGAUUUGCAUUAAUGAAGGCUACACAGAAAACCUUCAGGAGGAUUUGUGUGGAUCUGAUAUUUAGCAAAUUUUUGUGCUUCCCACUCUUACAGGAAAAUAAAAAAUGAUCAUUUAAGAUCAAAAUAUAAAUAAAGUUUCCCAAAAAAUCGAAUUUGAAAUUAUUCUGAUUUGUCCUCUCCUGUUUAAAAAUGCUGCAUUUCUCAGUGUGUUUUUAUUUUUUCAUAGAAGCCCUGUUUUAUCCAGAAUGUUAAGAGGGCUACAGUGUUUCAAACUUAUUGUGAGUAAUAUUGCUUUAUACUUGUCUAGCAGUUUCUCAAAGUGCUUUUAUCCAUGAAUGCAUUUUUGAUUGAUAUCUCCUUUAAGGAAUAGCUUUUAAAAUGCAGAAUUUUUAUGAGCUAUUAAAAAUGAUUUUUCUUGCUUGA